CGACAAGUCUAGACCUUUUUUUAGAUAGAUCAUUGAUAUAAAUAGAAGACGUUUAUCCACUCAAAAAAUGUUUAUGCUUAUGCCAAUUCGGAUGUCUUUCCUACUUUACGCUAGAAACAGGGUUGACAAACAGAUAUAUCAACUAUGCUGUACAAAAUAAGAGACUGGGAUAAAGUUGCAUGCUGCAUAAACACACAUCCAUUAAUUUUUGAAAAACCAAUUUAUCCGGAGGUGAUCCGGAGUAGUUUGACAAAUACACUCAGUCGUGAGAACUUGGAAAAGUUCUUGGAGAUAUGUGAUUUGAGCGGUACCAGGAAACAAACGAAUCGCCAAUUGUACUGGGAACAAAUUAGGAAAGAGAUUGCUGAUGAUUACGAUCUAAAAUUUUGGGAGUGGUUUAGAGGCAGGAAGUAUGCUGAUUCCAUUGUCGAUGACUACAUCGAUAGACAUGAGUUGAUGAAGGAAGGUCAAUACCCAAUCUGGCGAAAGCCUAUCGUUUGGCGAGUGCCAACACAGACUUUCCGAUGGAAGUACAACGAGGUAUACAGAUGUCUAGAAUGCAUCAAUGAGGCGGUUUUGAACGAACUGGCAAAAAAAUGCGAUAUAUUAGUGUGUGGAAAUACAGUCCAUACACAGUAUGUUAUUCUCGGGCAUCCUGAUGCAAGACCCGUUUAUCCUGUUGAGGAUACUGGUCCGAGUUUGAUGCCGCAAAUCAUAGGCAGGCCCAGCCCCGAGUUUUUGGAGAAGUAUCCGAAGUAUCACUAUGUCAAGUACGACUUGGAGGCUGUUCACUACAACGCUUUCAAGCCAGCGGAGCCGCUCUAUAUGACACCAGAGGACGAAAAAAGGAAGAUGACGUUUGAAGACAGAUUACUUUUUGGAAGCUUUCGCAAAUGUAGCAGCUCCAACAAUAUGUGUCACUUUGCCGAACAGGUUUUAGCAUGACCGCUCGUCACUCCUCAGCUUUAUGUGUAACGAUUUAACUGCAAUGAGAACUGUGGAAAAGCCCACGCGAAAAUUGAUGACAUGAAUGCAAACAGAAUUUCCCUUUUGGGCAACUCAUUUGAUUACAGAUUUUGAGUUGCGUUUCCAGAUUCCAUGUGUUCUGUAUACGUGAAAAUGUAUAAGAUACAACCAGA